AUGAAGUUCACUAAGAAGGCGUUGGCGUCCCAAGUCAACUCGAUGCGCCCUUACAAGUCGCGCUCAAAGAGACCCUGCGAUUUCUGCCGCCGCAGAAAAACUUGUUGUAUCAUUGAAAACUCCAUCCCUUGUCUAGCGUGUGUCCAGUUCAACAAGGGCAACUGCACUUUUGUCAACGGGCCUUUGAAGAGAAACAGGCCAAAAACCAAAAACGGCAAGCCCAUCAGCUACCACGAUGACAAGGAAGACGGCAAACCAAAGAAGGUGCCCACAAACCCUCCCCUGGAGCCACUGCACGCACAACCCUCAGAGCCACACAACACCCACCAACAUGAGCUUUCUCACGACCACCAAACAACAGACCACCAAAAGCUGUCUCUCCUGCUGCUUGGUGUCAGAAUGGACUACUCAAUGACGCAGUCCUUCCAGGCUCCUCCCUUGUGUCCUACAGACCCCAACCAUCACAGCCAUGUGAUGCCCAGUCCUCACUUGAGCUUGCUGAACCACACCAGCCUGCCCCAGCUGUCGCCACACACACCAGCAGCAUACAGCUUCCACUCUAACUGGAGCUCGGGAGAAAGCGCUGGGGGCACCACGCUCCAACCGCAGCAGCUGUUCCACAGUCUACCGUCCGACUCGCUGCGGCAACUGAUGCUGAGCAACCUGUCGCUGUUGAGCAAUAUGAGCAUGGGCUACACAUAUCCGUACGCCAUGAGCGGAGGUUUUUUUGCAGACAGUCUUGCCAACACCACAUCCAUGAGCGGCGCCCACGCUGGCAGCUACGAGCCAACGUUGUGGACGGAUGCUGGCGAGUAUGAGGAGUUGGUGACGAUGGAGGUUGUGCCUGAGGAGAUGAAGAAGGAGUAUAAUAAUGGCCAGCUUGGCCCUGGUGUUCUUGGGGCAAGCCUGCUUGCGGGUCCGGUGCAGGCACUUGGGCUCGACACCGGUAGCAGUUACGAGGCAACAGCAGCAGGUGAUUAUGUGGGCUAUGGCGAUAGUCUCGUGGGUCCCACCACGAUGGAGUGA